AUGUCCGACGACAAUCAGCUUGAUCUAGAACCCGAUGGAACACCGCGCGCCAACAACCGUAAACGCAAUCUCGUGAAUCAACGCAAUUUUCGUGCCCGGCGGAAGGAGUACAUAGAGGAGCUCGAAGCAAAGGUGCACGACUAUGAGAAGAACGGCAUCGCGACAGCUCAGCAGAUGCAGGAAGCUGCACGACUGAAGAUUGCUGAGAACGAUAUUCUACGGCAGAUUAUUCAGACUCAGAUUGGGUGGUCGCCCGAGGACAUUGAGGCCGCUGUGCAUCAAGCGUUGAGCAGUAGACAGCCUGUGCAUCAACAUCCAUCUUCGAACAUCUCAGCGAAGACUAAUGGAAAUGGACAUAUGCAGAAUGGCAACCAUUUGAACUCGGCUCAUCUGGAAAUGGAUGGCAGUGCGCCAAACCGGCAGAGAACGCCAAGAUCCCCACUAGAGACCAUACCCGGACAGGCCAUGGACUCAGCCUCGCAUACGACAUCAGUCGCGCCUGACUAUCGUGUCAGGGCCCAAGUCCAACACACAGACGACUGGAUGAUGGUUGAUCGACCAUCACCCGGUUCCUACGUCAAUCCAUCACCACCACCACCCAUCUUUCGUAACGGAAGUGAUGGACAAGCCACAACAAGCCCGUACCAGUACAUGUCCAGGCCAGAGCUGGAUCGUGGGUGGGCCAUGCAGCCAACCCAUGGUAUCGCACCUCGACGACCAUCAGCUUUGGCUCACACGAGCUCGACGUCAAAUGGAGAGAGGAAGCCUGCCAACCCGGCAGUCAUGUCUUGCGACGACGCCGCAUCCAUACUCGCUGAGCUGGCAGGUCAAGGUAGCAAGCCCAAUCAAAAUGGCAAUCAUAUGGACACCAUUAAAGCCGAGCUAGGUUGCCGGUCUGCAGAGCCUUGCGAGGUGUCGCAUCAGGAUGUCUUCGAGAGAAUGGCGCGCAAAAUGUGA